GCGCUAGCAGCCAAUGAGGCGCGACCAUGAGGCGGGACAUUGUGCGGCCAGGGUGAAGCGGCGGUCAUGUUGCUAGGAUACCGUAUCCAGGGACUCGGCGGGAUUGGCGGAUCUGGUGAUCAGAUCCUGUCUUUCUGAUUGGCCGGGAGGCGGAGGGGAAGUCGGCUGUCGGUCCCGGGUCAGAGUAGAGGGUGCUAUGGGGGAAACCGACUUCGACUACAGUAUCUUCUUACCGGAGCCCGGCCUGCCAGGUUCUCGGUGGGACCAGCAGAGGGAGCCGGUGGUGAUUCUUCUGGGCUGGGCAGGAUGCAAGGAGCAGCACCUGGACAAAUACAGCAACUUCUACCGUAAACAGGGCUGCAUCGUCCUCAGUCACACGGCUGCAUGGAGGACGGUGUUCUUCGCGGAGUCGUUCGGCCUGCGUUACCUGCGGGAGGAGGCGAAGAAGCUCCUCGGUAUCCUCUAUGACUAUGAGAUCGAGGUGAACCCCGUCAUGUUUCACGUCUUCAGCAACGGCGGCUUCAUGCUGUACCGCUACAUGACCGAGCUGCUGCACUCCGACCCCAAGAUGAGGCAGCUGCAUGUGGUGGGCACCACCUUCGACAGCGCGCCAGGAAACCGCAACGUCUACGGCUCGGUGCAGGCGCUGAACGCCAUCCUGAGACCCGGCACCGCCUGGCCCCUGAGGUUCCCGCUCCUGGCGGCCUUCGCCAUCAUGGUCUUCCUCCUCCGGAUCGUCCUUUACCCGCUGACCCGCUUCCUGCACGAGAAUCACUACGACGCCAUGAAGCGGGACCCGUCCCUGUGGCCGCAGCUUUACCUCUACUCCCGCGCCGACCGCAUCGUCUCCCACAAGGACGUGGAGGGCAUGGUGACCGCGCGCCGCCAGCGUCACCUCCCCACCGAGAGCCUGGACUUCCAGAAGUCCGAACACGUCAGCCAUUACCGCCGCUACCCGGAGAAGUAUUCCCACACGUGCGUCGCCUUCCUGGCGGACUGCGUCAACAGGGCCGCCAAGUCCUCCUUCAUGAGCGGCAAUCCCUCGUUUUAA